AAAUGAGCGUCGCGUAGUUUUCAAGAAUAUCCGAAGCCAGAAAGAGCGGAUUAACCGCCGAAAUUCGGCGUGGCUGACCUAGACUACGCAUUCUAUUUAAAGGGUAACCAGGCUCGCGGUGCAUUUUUCUUUCUCCGCACAGUUCAUCGACGCGAUAUGCAGUCGAUUUCGCAAACACCGUCGACAAUUGGACCAAGGUACAACGUGUUCGACGUAUUUAUAACGGCGUCAACGGCAAAAAUAAAUUACCCCGUGAAAUGCGACAGUUUCAAAGACAUUGUAUAAUCGGAGAGUUUACUUUUUACAACAGAUCAGUUUCACUCUCUACAACGUACGCCGCGGUAUAAGUCUGAUAAAAAUAGUUAAGUUCAAGGUCGCUAUAAAGUCGCGACGUUAAAGACCACCGAAAUCGAAGCGGCUUUCUCAAUGGAAAGCGGACGAGAUCUACGGGAUUGCUGUAGCAAUUUCUCCCUCGUUUCGCGAGGGAACGUUCGGCAUUGUCUUCGACGAUAAUGACCGAAGGAGCAACAGCGAACGCGAUAAAGAUAUCGGAAUGGAGACGGUUUCGUCGCGCUCGGGGCCGUUCGUCAGAACCGAGAGAUCCAUGUGGAAGCUCGAUCAACGAAUCUCGCGGCGACCAAAGGGAACGAUAAAGGACAUAUGCAAGGAUCUCGUCCUUUCGGAUGAUCAGCUGCGCAAGGUCAUGGAGAGGCUGGACAUCGAGCUGAAGAAGGGUCUCGGCAAAGCCACCCACAACGACUCCAUCGUCAAGUGCUUCACGACCUACGUGCAGGACCUUCCGAACGGCACCGAGAAGGGUAACUUCCUGGCCCUGGAUCUGGGCGGCACGAACUUCAGGGUACUCCUGAUCACUCUGGACGGCAUGAACUUCGACAUGAAGAGCAAAAUUUACGCGAUACCGCAGUCCCUGAUGCUGGGCACCGGCACGCAGCUGUUCGAUCACAUAGCCCAGUGUCUGGCGUUGUUCGUCAAGGACCUGAACCUGCAGGACGAGCUGCUCCCGUUGGGUUUCACCUUCAGCUUCCCGCUGACCCAGGAGGGCCUGACGAAGGGUUACCUCGCUAGGUGGACCAAGGGAUUCAAUUGCAGCGGCGUGGUGGGCGAAGACGUGGUCGCUCUUCUCGAAGCGGCGAUAAACAGAAGAAACGACGUUAAAAUCGACGUGUGCGCUAUUCUGAACGACACCACCGGCACGUUAAUGUCAUGCGCUUGGAAAAACAGGAACUGCCGUAUCGGAAUGAUCGUCGGUACGGGCGCAAACGCCUGCUACGUCGAAAACGUGAAGAACGUGGAAUGCGCGAUUCCUGGGAAUUACUCAGAAAACAAGCCGCACAUGCUGAUCAACACCGAAUGGGGUGCUUUCGGAGAGGGUGGUGUUCUCGAUUUCGUCGUGACGGAGUUCGAUCAAGCGAUCGACGACCAUUCGAUCAACAAGAAGAAACAGCUGUUCGAGAAAAUGAUCUCCGGAAUGUACAUGGGCGAGCUGACGAGGUUGGUCAUCGAGAAGUGCGUCGACGCCGGCCUGCUAUUUGGCGGCAGGUCUGCCCCCGAUCUCAAAAAGCGCGGCAAAUUCUUCACCAAAUACGUUUCCGAAAUCGAAAACGAUCCCAAAGGUAAAUACACAAACUGCCGCGAGGUUCUAGCGGAGCUGGGUAUACGAAACGUAAGCGACCAGGAUUGCGAGAACAUCAGGUACGUUUGCUCGGUGGUGUCGAGGAGGGCCGCUCAUCUUGCCAGUGCUGGUAUCGCCACCCUUCUCAACAAAAUGGGAGAGGACCAAGUCACGGUCGGCAUCGACGGUUCGGUCUACAGAUUUCACCCACACUUUCACGAUCUUAUGACCGAAAAAAUUAGUCAACUACAGAGUCACAAGUUCGACCUGAUGCUGUCGGAAGAUGGUAGCGGACGUGGUGCAGCGCUGGUCGCCGCAGUAGCCGCGUCGAAUCGGUGAAGAUAACGGCUGUGCCCAGUCUACUCAAAACCAGCUUAAAUUAAGUUAGACACUGUGACAACUACAUACGACACGGAAACACAGAACACGUAAAUACACACACACAAACACGCGCGCAUAUAUACAGACAGACACACACACUCAUCGAUAACACAGACAAGAAUGCUUGAGAGAAAAAAGUCAUGCAUAUAUAUGUAUAUGCCGAGGAUGGAAGCAAAAUAUCGCGGCGAGCUAGCGAGGAAACUUGUGAAUAAAGUAUGAUCGCGAGCGAGA